AUGAGAAGUAAACCCGGAUUAACGAGCAGUAACCCGCUUUGUCCGGUAAAACUACCGCAGUCUCGCGCAGUCGUCAAGGCAACCGGGAGGAGAAAAGGCGAGAAGUGUCUUCAGGGCUGCGUGUCCGUGGACAUCAAAGCUUCGACUGUCUGGGAUAGAAACCGAAUUAACCACCUACCUAAUGUGAAGGAGCCGAAGCGGAUUGAGAGGCUCGUUCAGUGCGGGAUCGGGAGGAGUCCAGGCCGGCGUGGAUUUCACCUUUUGUCUUCGGAGCUCCGGUGGUGGAUGUGA